AUGGCAGUCCCAGGAAAGAAAGGAUCAAAACAGUUUUCAUCAUCGACAACAUCCAUGGCAUCAGAUGAAGAUCUUCAAGUUUACUGCCAGCCUUGUGACGAGGAAGGAACUAGACUCCCUGCCCUUGGUUACUGCACUGACUGCAAGGAACACCUUUGCAAGACAUGCUUAACAGUCCACAAAAAACUUAAAUCUUCCAAACACCAUACAGUUCUAGAUGCUACAAGUAUGCCUAAAGUUUUGCAGCAACCCUCAACAUCCAUCCACACAAGCCAGUCUGAUGAUCUUACAACACCUUGUUUUAAACAUCCACAAGAAAUGAUCAAGUUCUACUGCAAUGACCAUAAAAAAUUACUUUGCAGUGUUUGUGUUACCCUUGAACACCAACCUACUUCCUGCAAAGUUGAUUAUAUACCUGAUAUUUCUUGUAAUAUAAUUGACAGCAAAGAAUAUCAAAUUAUCUUGAAAACACUUAAUACCACUUUUGAUCAUUAUCAACAGAUGGUAGAAGAUGUCAAGGAAAUGACGGGGAAAUCUAACAGAUCACUAAAAGAUGCACUAGAAGAUAUUAAAAAGUUUCGGAUAGAAAUAAACCAGAGACUUGAUGAACUGGAAUGA